UUUUGUGAAUUUCACGAUGUUAGACAAUGACUCAAACAAAUUUCUCAGUUAGAGAUCCUAACGAACAAGUACAACAACAAUGGCAACUCUUUGACUCUUGAGAGACUGAUAAGAUGAGAGAGUAAACAAUUUGGCAAUGAAUCUUCUCUCAACCUCCAUUAAUAUCACUUCCUCCUCUUCUCGGCAUCUUCUUCUACCUCCUCUGCACUCCACAUCGUUCUCCAGUAGUAAUGUUGCUACUGAGAAUAAUAAUAAUGUUGCCAUUGAAGGUCGGAAUUUGAGUUUCUGGGUAUCCACAGCUAAGCAAGGAAAAACAAAAACAUUGCCAAUUCUCAAUGAUUGCUCGCUUCGCAUUCCCUCGGGGCAGUUCUGGAUGCUUCUUGGUCCCAAUGGCUGUGGAAAAUCUACUCUUCUCAAGAUUUUGGCUGGUCUUUUGAAUCCAACAAGAGGAACUGUUGUUGUAAAGAGGCCUAAGAGCUAUGUUUUCCAAAACCCAGACCAUCAGGUGGUGAUGCCAACAGUGGAUGCAGAUGUUGCAUUUGGCCUUGGUAAGUUCAACCUUACCCGUGACGAGGUCAAAUUUAGAGUGUCAAAAGCUUUGGAUGCUGUUGGCAUGCUUAGCUACCAGCAGCGGUCGGUUCAAACUCUCAGUGGUGGUCAGAAGCAAAGGGUUGCUAUUGCUGGUGCCUUAGCUGAAGCAUGUAAAGUUCUCUUGUUGGAUGAACUUACAACUUUUUUGGAUGAAAGUGAUCAGCUUGGGGUGAUCAAAGCCGUCAGGAAUUCUUUGGAUAGUUCUGGAGACGUUACAGCCUUGUGGGUGACACAUCGAUUGGAAGAACUUGAGUACGCAGAUGGUGCUGUUUACAUGGAAGAUGGGAGAGUCGUCAUGCAUGGUGAUGCGGUGGGGGUUAUGAAUUUCAUUAAAGCAAGACAAGCAGCUUAUAUCAAGCAAAUCAACUCUUGAAAAUAAGAAAAAAAAAAUCCCCCUUUCUAGUCAGAAUCAUUUCUCUGUUUCUGGAAUUCAAAAGUUAGCAUUCAAUGGAUUCAGAGCCAUCGAUACUCCAAUCUUGAUAUUUUCAUCAACAUUACUGUAGAGAUAUAAUUAUAAUCAAGAAAUGCAUAAACUUGUGUUAUAUAUUGCCGUGAAAAUCUGGCUCAUAUUUUCAACUAGACGUCGGGUACAAAUUCCACUUCUUGUUCUUCAUGUCUCAAUUUAACCAGAUCUUCAACCAUUGAAAAGGGUUCAAGAAGAAAACAUUACUGAGCUUCUGAAAGAGCAUUCUAGUAACUAAUCAGAAAAUUGUUGCA